GAAUCCAGAAGGUGGCAGUAAAAGUCGGUGUAGCCGUGAAAUAAAUCAAAGAAGAAGAAGAAGAGGCGGAAGAAGCCACAGCAGCAGAUCUGCCCGCCAAUUUCGAAGGAUGUAAACAACGUUGUCCUUCUCGUCCGAUGAAGAAAUUAAAUAUCCUUACGCAACGGCGACUAUUUCUUUGUCUACAAUGAGUUCCAGCGGAAAAGGAUCGGGCGAUACAUCCCAUCUUGCUGCCAGUGGUGAAAGCGAUUGCAUCAAAGUUUUCGUGCGAGUGCGACCUUUGACCCAGGGCACUGGGCUGACCACAGAUGGAGAUCAGAAUUUGUGUCUCACGGUCACCUCACCCAACACCAUCCGCCUGCUCUCAAAGCCGGAGCCGCGAACCUUCACCUACGACCAUGUUGCUGACAUGGACACAUCUCAGGACUCUGUGUUCUCCAGUGUGGCCAAGAAUAUAGUGGAGUCUUGCAUGAAUGGAUAUAAUGGCACCAUAUUUGCAUAUGGACAAACAGGCUCAGGAAAAACUUUCACUAUGCUCGGGCCAUCUGAGCUGGAUAACUUCACAGAUGAACUAAGGGGGGUAAUUCCCAGAAGUUUUGAAUACUUGUUUUUUCUCAUCAACAGAGAAGUGGAAAAGUCUUCUCAGUCCAAGAGGUUUCUUUGCAAAUGUUCAUUUAUUGAGAUAUACAAUGAACAAAUUUAUGACCUUCUGGACACAGCCUCAGCCAGCCUGUUUCUCAGGGAGAACAUCAAGAAAGGCAUGUUUGUGGAGGGGGCAGUGGAGAAGUUUGUGAACUCAGCUGCUGAAGCUUACCAGGUGCUAUCUAUGGGCUGGCGCAAUCGUCGUGUGGCCUCUACCUCCAUGAACCGCGAAUCUUCAAGAUCUCACGCAGUGUUCAGUAUGACUCUGGAGUCCAAAGAGACCAUUAACGAGGUGGUGAACAUCCGAAUGUCUCAGCUGAACCUGGUUGAUCUGGCAGGAUCUGAGAGGCAAAAAGACACACACACAGAAGGUUCAAGACUCAAGGAGGCCAGUAGUAUCAAUCGCUCCCUCAUGUGCCUUGGCCAGGUGAUCAUGGCACUGGUGGAUGUGUCUAAUGGGAAGAACCGCCACAUCUGCUACAGGGAUUCAAAACUCACCUUCUUGCUCAGGGACUCUCUUGGUGGAAAUGCAAAGACUUACAUCAUAGCAAACGUACACCCUGGUUCAAAGUGUUUUGGAGAAACUUUGUCCACUUUGCAGUUUGCUCAGAGGGCAAAGCUGAUCAAAAAUAAGGCUGUCAUCAAUGAGGACACACAGGGAAAUGUGAGGCAGCUACAGGCUGAGGUGAAGAAACUGAAGGAGCAACUUUCUCAGGCUCUGGCUUCUCAGGCAGUGGAGUAUGGGAGAGAUGUAGCACCAGGAGGACCUGGACUCCCCACAGGCCAAACUGAAAGUCAUCAUGAUGUCUCAUAUAAAGCAAAGUUUAUGACUGCUGUUCGUCUGUGGAAAAAGCAAGAUGAGGAAAAGAGGGUGCUACUGAAGAAGGUGGCUCAGCUGGACGAGGCCUGGACUCAAAAGGACAAGUUCAUCCAUUCUAGCCGAAUGAUUAUCAGGUUUCGAGAAGACCACAUCUCUCGCCUUGAGAGCAAACUGAAGGCGGGGCAAAGCUCGCUGUCGGACAAGGAGUCACAGGCUUUGAUUGAAAAGCUGAAAGAAGAGAUUAAGAUCUUGAGAGAUCAGGUCGAACAUCACCCGAAGAUGACUCGAUAUGCAGCAGAGAAUUACACCCUCAGGGAGGAGAACCGCCAACUACGCUCUCUUGAGUCAGUGGUGAGAGCAGAAGAGGCCAUAGCCCAAGUUUCUUCCGAUUUGGAAGAAGCCUUUCAGAAGGCUAUGGAGUCAGAAGCACAUACAAAUACUCCAGGAGUCUCUUCCACCUCCUCGGCUACAGAUUCCGUCUUGACGGCCACAAUUGAGAAGCUGAACGCUCAAGUGCUUCAGAAGCAGUCGGACCUCGCUACUGCACUCAAUGCCUUUGAGGAGUAUAAAGAGGUCACCAAGAAACAGUUGUCUCAGUUGGAGUCCGAGAAAAGAUACCUUGAAAAGUCCAACAGGCAUUUGGAAAACAUUUUGGAAGCCACAAAUGCGCAUAAAAACAAGGAGGUCUCAGAACUGAACAGAAUCCACGUCGAAACCAUAAAGAUCCUCACUACGCCCAACAAAACAUACAACCUGCGCUCUCACCUCACGCAUCUCUCCAGCCCGGACCACCUGAACGGGAGAGACAACGGUGGAGACAUUUGGGCUGAGCAGCCUCCAUUGGACAUGGGUGAGAUGGCCUUGACAGAGGAACUGCGUCAAGUGCAGGAGCAGGCUAGUCGUGUCCAGGUGCAGCUCGACGAGGAGGAGCAGAAGAACAGAAAGCUGCAGCAGCAAAUUGCAAAACUCGAGGAGCAGGUUACUGUGAUCUCACAAGAGUCUGAUCGCAAGGAUGAGCUGCUUUCUACUGAGAGAAAUAAUAGGAGCAAAGAUCAGCUCGCCUUGCAAGAGACCGUUAACAACUUGCAGCAGAGCCUUCAGUCUGAACAACAAGCUGCAGAAGUUCUGAGGACUGAGAUCCGUGACUUACGCUUGGUGCUGCAGUCGUCCGAUAAGGAGCUGGCCUCCGUGAAGAACGCGCUCAGAGACGCUCAGACUGAGCAGCACAGCGAGAUGAGUCAGCUCUCCAGCAGUCUGAUCAGCACGCAGCUCCAGCUUGACAAAGUCCAGCUGGAGUGGGAGCAGCUACUGGAGCAGCAUCGGACGUUGCAGGAUUCGUACGACCAGCUGCAAGCGGAGGCCAAGUUUGAGGCUGAUCAGGCGAGGCAGCAGCUGCACGAAAGGCUGCAGGAGAUGGAGGAACUGAAGGCCAAGGUCAUGGAUUUAAACAACUCUCUGCAAACUGAACAGGAACACUCCAACAGCCUGAUCUCUCAGUUAAGAGAAAACAAAGAAAGUUCAUCAAAGGAACUCAUUGAAACCAUUGAGCAGAACACACAGCUCAGAAAACAAGUGGCUGACUUGACGGUACAAAAUCAGCAACAGGCGUCCAGACGUGCUGAGCUUGAGCAAAACGUAACCACCGCUAACGAAACGAUAAAAAUGUUGGAGCAGAAGAUCGAACAGAACAAAGACGUUAUUCUGGAUCUAAUGAACCAAACCAGAGACGUCCGCAUUGAACUCAGCCAGAAGGAACAGACCAUUACCCACCUGUCUGAAGAUAUCAAGGACAUCACAGCCAAAUACAACUCCGCCUGCCUUGAAAGGGAAGAUAUGAGGGAACAAAACUGUAAGAUGCAGGCAGAAAUCUGCGAUCUGAAGGAAAGUUUAGACAGGAAGGUGGCUUCCAACGCAGUCGAGGUUGAGUUGUUGCGGGAGGAUAUUAUUUACGCCUCUGAAGAGGUUGAGAGACUCACCAAGGUCUUAGAUGAACAGAACGCCCUCCUCCAAGCAUCUCAAGAGCAAACUGCCCAGAAGGAAGUCAUGAUACAGAAUCUGCAGCAGAAGGUGCAACAACAGCAAGACGCUGUUGAGAAAACUGUAAGAAACGGAACUUUCAACCCGUUUGCUGAGUUGACCGUCACACCUAAAUCAUCGCCUCGGACAACUUGUGCUCCAGGAAGCUUCAACAGGGACCUGAGCCAGGUGUUGGAGAUACAGGAGCGGGAGCUGGAGAACAGGCGCUCCUCCAUGAUGACCAUGGAGAUUCUUUUAGCAGAGCUGAACGCUGAAAGGUCUGCCAAAAACGAGGAGAUCGAAAGGCUUAAGACGCAGCUGACUGAGAAAGAGAAGGUUCGACUGGAGAUCCAGGAUUUGCUUGAUCAUUUUUACACCAAGCAGAACCAGCUGACUCCCAAUGGAAACAAUAAUGGUCAGAAGUUGAAUGAUGCCAUGAGACAGUCCAUGCUUAAAGAGCUACGGGACGAGAGAGACGAGAAGAGCAAAAUAUUGCAGAAGCUCUCCGAUGCUCAAAAAAGACUGCAAGCGCAGGAGGCCAUGUUGGCGCAGUCUCAGACCUGCGUUCAAGAGCUCACCUCUGAGCUGAGGAACCGCUGUCUGGAGUUAAGAGAUCUGACCGAGAGGUUACAGGAUGACGAGAAGCUCCUGCAGGAGAAUGAGGUUCUUCGUAAGCAGAACAUUAAGCUUUCUGAGGAGAAUGGGAAACUUGCGGGCCACCAGAACCACAAACAGAAGAUCGAAUACAUGGUUAAGCUGAAAAAGGAAAACAGCAAACUCCUGGAGGAAAAUGAAAAGCUCCGAGCAGAGAUAAACCAGGUGCGAGAGAAUACUGGAUGUCUGUCAUUGGACAUGACACAAAUCCCUGAUUUGAAGUUUGUUGAACAGUGAACGUCUUUCCUUGUCAGCAGCUGUUGUUGUUCUUUUUAUUUUAACUGUAUUUUUAAUCUUUCGUGGUUUCAACCAGGAGUGCAUGCGAUUUUAUUUUAGGGAAUCUUCAUUUUAUUCAGCUCAUCAUAUUAUACUUGACAUAUUUUAGUAUUUCCUAAUCUGGGCCCCAUAUAUAUUUUUUAUAAGCAAAAGUGACUCGAACUAAGCGAGAACACUUGGCUGCAGCAAAUCUGCUGUAAUUUUAAUCAAAAAGUCUGUUUGUCCACAGUCACCUACAAGUGGUUGUUUUUGUCACUGACAUGCUCAGAUUGGUUUUACUACAUGCUCUGUGUACUGAUGUCAGGUCAACAAAAUAACAUUACAACAAAUGAAACAGCAGCAGGUCUCUCUGCUCUUAAAACAGCACUUUUCAUAAGAAAAAUAAUGAAAAGUGCUUUGAUGUAGCGGUUCUUUCCCUAUUUGAGUGGUAGUGAAAAUGGUUAUAGGACCCCGGUUUAAAAAAACUAAAUAAACCUCAUGUUCUCUCUAUGUGUCAGGGCUGUGACUGUGACUGAGCUGUGUGUGAUGUUUUUAUUUUUACAUUUUUUUUUUUUGGUAAAGGAACUUUUUAAUACUGUAAUUAAAUCUUUUUUUCAAUCUCUA